GCUCCCGGCUCCCUGCUCCCGUCUCCCGAGUAUUUCGACUCCCGACUCCCGACUCCCGACUCCCGACUCGCAUCUUCGGCUUCCUACCCCCUUCGUCCGCAUCAGUGAUAUCUUCAUCCCGAGCCGACUCUGAUCCAACUUGGCUCUCUUUAGCUAUAGGCAGUGCGGACGCAAAGAAUAUAAUUCCAGCGCAUUCGCAGUGAUCUUUUGAACUUUCUUCCUUGGAUUGGAUCACAGGGCUUUCCCGGCGGAUCGUUGCACACCAUCUCCAUCAUUGACUUAGUCAACCUCAAUUUCUAAUUCGAUAAGGAAUAAUUUUAGGUUUACUGCUGAAGCGACUCGGCAUGCCUCUUAUUCUCUGGGGUUGAUGAUGUACUUCUUGAAGUUGUUCCAAGCCAGCCUUAGGGGAUUUUUGUUGCUUGAUGACAUUUCAGGGUUUGAUUUGUGGGUUCGGUGCUCGUUCCACCUGCAUUUCCGGGUGAUUUUGACCUCAUUCAAGUUGUUUUCUCUUCACACAAUGUUUUGAGCGUGGGGCUGGUCCGUCAAUGCCAAAGACAUUUUGAAAAGAAUACAAAUUAUGGAUGUUUUUCCAGCAUUAGAUUGUUCAAGUUCUGUAAUCAAUCAUCAGGAAGAGGAGGAUGAUGAUGAGUGGGUUGUUGUUAAAAAACAAAAAAUUAUCAUUCUCAUUCCUCCACCAUCUCCACCAAGCCAACAAAAUGUGAAAGAGACGAGCCCAAAAUCAGCCAAGCAGUCAAAAUCAGUCAAACAUAGCUCCUUUGUUACCAAGGAGAAGACAUCUGGACACCGCAGGAAAACUUGUAAUAUGCUUCAUGUUGAUGGUUCCGGUCAAGUUGACCCAAAACCAAAGCUGCAACAGCCACAGUCCUCAUUUCAUGCUUAUUAUGGCAUUGGACAUGUUGGCGCAGUGAAAGUGGUGGACAGAAAAAUCAGAGCCAUGAAUCUGGAAAGUAAGCUUCGAAGCCUUGGUGGGAUGAGAAAAUGGCUUUCUUUGUUGGGACUUGAUCGAUUCGCACAAGUCCUCGAGAUGAAAAACGUUAGCCAACAUCAGCUGGUUAAUCUUUCUACAAGUAAGCUCAAAGGUAUGGGCAUGAAUGCAGUUGGGCCAAGGAGGAAGCUUAUACAUGCCAUUGAUCUCCUCUCUCAACCUUACUACAGCCAGAGGCGUUUCCAUCUUCCAUCACACAGAGAAACCCAAAUGUUAAAAAAACCAUUCCAAAUCUAUACUUUUUUAACUCCAGCGUUCUCUACUUGCCAUUGAUCCUCUCGAUCACAGUAAUAAGCCCCUGCGUCCCCAUC